UUUGCUUCGAAGCGCUUCCACCCAUCCGAAGAUUACGUCUCACGACCCAUUCGAUGCCGGAGGCAAAUGGUACAAGCUCCCAGUCAUGGGUGUUCAUGGAAGGAAACGCCAUGGUCAGGUCGAAUCAGCGUUAUGAUAUACCACGUCCCUCGUUUAUCGUCGACUACGAAAAGAACGUCUUUCUCAAAGACGGAGAACCAUUCCGCGUCGUCGCUGGAGCCAUGCACUACUUCCGUGUACCAUACCCUCUGUGGAAGGACCGGCUUUUCAAACUCAAGGCGUCUGGCCUUAACACGAUAGACACCUACGUCGAGUGGUCCAGCCACGAACCGGAACCAUGGGACUAUAUGUUUGAAGGCUACAACAAUCUCAAGGGCUUCUUAAGCACCGCCAAGGAUCUUGGUCUCCUGGUCAUCAUACGAGCCGGCCCUUAUAUAUCUGCCGACCGCGACAACGGAGGCAUGCCCUAUUGGCUUCCCAGGACAGAUGCAGGCGUGAAACUACGAACGAGCGGUAACGCUUUCCAGUUCCACCUUGACCGCUGGCUCAGCGUCCUACAGGAGCACCUCUACCAUUUUCUGUAUGAGAACGGCGGACCUGUCAUCAUGGUUCAACUGGAGGACGAAUACGGCAAGUUCGAACCGUGCGACCACAAAUAUAUGAAGUACCUUUACUACACGUUCCGAUACCGCCUUGGUCCUAGAGUUGCGCUCAUAACUUCAGAUCAUCCUGAAGAGAAGCACAUUGAAUGCGGAACAGUGGAAGGAGCUCUCGCAACGUUCGUUUAUGAUGUAGACGCUACCACAGAGAAGGUAGUCAACGUUACCAGAGCAGCUAACAAGAACAGAGGACCAAUCAUGGUCAAGUUCAUCGUCUCCACUUUGAGCCGUUGGAACCAAACAAGCGCGGCCGUCGAUAAGAAGAAACUCUUGAGGAAGCUGGAGGAGAUAUUGAAGCUGAACUCGUCCGUAUCGUUCUACAUGUUCCACGGCGGCACAAACUUCGGCUUCGGCAACAUCACACACACUACCAGUUACCACGCUGAUGCUCCUUUGUCCGAAUGCGCUGAUCCUACGGACAUGUACUUCGAAAUAAGUAGGAUUAUUUAUAGAUUCAAUGAAGCAAGUGAGGCGGCGCAUAUGCGCAUCCCUGUCCUGAGGAUGAAGCUCGGAGAGGUGCGCCUGAAGUCGUGCUCGCCGUGGAAUAACGUGAAAAAAGUGUUCAGGGUGAAAGAGCUCCUGAAAACGGUUAUCAACGCCACUCCGGUCAGCUUCGAGGGCGUGAAGCAAGACUUCGGAUACGUGACGUACACAGCUCAGGUCGACUUCGACUUGCAUGGCCCGGCUGCGCUGAAGAUACCGCAGUUCGCCGACAGAGCGUACGUGCUGAGCCGUGAUGUGGUUCGCGUCAUGGACGCCCGAGGGUCGAAAAAGACAAUGAUUUCUGUGUCGAAGACGGAAUACGUGACAAUUAUCGUCGAGAAUGGGGGAAGGAUGAACCCCGGGAGUCCAGUGCCACAGUCGAAGGGCAUCCUGUCCAACGUAACCCUGAAUGGGACGCAAUUUCGCAGCUGGACCAUGGAAGCCUUCUCCUUAACAAACGACAAGAGCCUCGCAGUUCUCUUCAAUUUCAUGCGGAACCUUCCUAAGGCUAGCGGAGCAAAAUGCCUGCAGACGCCUGCUUUCUACUACGGUUCUUUCCAAAUGCCACAGCGGUCCUCUUCUCUAGAUACCUUUCUCGACCCUUCUGGCUGGACUAGGGGCCAAGCUUUUAUCAAUAGAUUUAACCUAGGACGGUAUCGACCAGCUGCUGGACCUCAGGUGACGCUGUACGUCCCCAAGCACGUCAUGCGUCCCUACCCACAAAUAAACGAGGUCAUCCUCAUGGAACUUGAAGGCAUUCCUAGGAGCACGACCGUUCAACUCGUCGAUGAAGCCAAAGUCAAGUGACUCGGAACGCCGUGUGGUGUUGGAUUGCUCUUACCUCUCUAUACUUUGAAUCAGCCCUGUGUGGUACAACUGGUCAGGAGGCGAUAUGAUCACUUUUUCAAAUAAAUAAUUUUUUUC